UGCUCAGAGACAGAAUUGUACGAAAUUCAAGCCACCGUCGUUCCCUCUUAAUUUUUAAUUCCUUUUCAAACUUGGCGCUGGUGGACAACGCUAAGGACUUCCUCUCCAUGGGUGGGCUCCAGCUCGUGAUCGAGGGGCUGAACAGCACAGAGGCCGCGCUGAAGGAGAACGCUGCCUUCGUCCUGGGAGCUGCUCUCUCCAGCAACCCCAAAGUCCAGGUAGAAGCCAUCGAGGGCGGCGCGCUGCAGAAGCUCCUGGUGAUUCUGGCUACAGACCAACCCCUGGCUGUCAAGAAGAAGGCUCUCUUCGCGCUGUCCUCCAUGCUGAGACACUUCCCCUAUGCCCAGCAGCAGUUCCUCAAGCUGGGCGGCCUCCAGGUCCUCAGGAGCCUCUUCAGGCAGAAGGGGAUGGAGACCCUCUACGUCCGUGUGGUGACGCUCCUCUAUGACCUCAUCAUGGAGAAGAUGCUGCUGGAGGACUCCCAGCACGGAGAUCAACCAGAAGAGAAAAUCCAGCAGUACCGGCAAGUCAAGCUGGUCCCGGCGGUGGUGGAGCAGGACUGGUGCGUGGUGGUUUCCAACCUGCUGGCCAUGCCGGAGCACGACACGCGGGAGAAGGUCCUCAAGACGGUGGGCGUGCUGAUGGCCUUCUGCAAGGAGCGCUACCGGGGGGACCAGGCCCUCAGCACCACCCUCAGCCUCCUGCGCAGCGAGUACGAGGAGCUGGCGGCGGAGGAGCAGCGGGAGGGUGACAAAGAUGGCUACUUCCAGGAGCUCCUCGGCUCCGUAAACACCAUCAUUCGGGAAUUGAGGUGAAAGGAGGUGUCGGUUGGGCUCGAUGCCAGGUGGUUCUGGGCAGCAGCCUGAGUUUUGGUGGCACCGGUGUAAACGCACUUGUGAAUAAACUGUGGGGCUGAGUGAGACCCCGCCGCUGGGCGAGGGUGCCGACAGCUUCCUCAUUAAACAUCCCCAUCUGGGGACACGUUUCCUUUUG